GUGAUCGGCCGCGGGAUCACAUGCAUGCACAGGCCGGCAAUCCGUCCGUCGCUCAUUUACCUACGGACUCGUAAAAAAAGAAACGAGCCGAGCGGCUGGCUGUUCAUUUUUCUCCGUAAUAAUAAGUUAGCGAGUUUUUCCUCUCCAAUUAGUACGUGUCGGCGGCGCAACACUCUACACCCGGCGAGGAGGGGCCUCGGGCCGGGCCAAUCGUGCAGCCGCGGACCCGGAGAGGCGCCGACCGGGUGGGCGUGGCCGGAGGUGGGAGCCGCCCCCGGCCGGCCCCCGCAGCCCCACUAGGCUGGCGCUAAUCACGUCUGGCAGGCGAGGAGCUGCCGUGUUGUUGCGUCCAGUUAGGCCGAGUGACAGCACGCGAAGGCAGCAGCUCUGAGGCUCCGGCCGCGUCCGAUCGAUCGCUCGCUCGCUUUCUCGGGCCGGGACAGUCCGUUGCCGAGGGGUCAGUGAGCCCAGUGUGUCCUCCGUGUCCCCAGCCCCCCGUGGAUUGAUGCGACUACACGUCGUGCCACCCUCGUACCUCACCGGGGUCGCAGCCUUGAGCCGUCUCUUCACUUCGCCCAUGUGCACCGUGAUGGCCGAGCAGGCCCUCAACUGCAGCGACAGCUCGUCGGCGGGGCCCAACAGCCCCGAGGCGCCGCGCUCCGAGCCCGACGACGACGACAGGAAGGAGCACGAGGAGGAGGCCGACGAGGACGACGACGAGAUCAGCGUCGGCUGCCCUUCGCCCAGGCCCGACCUGCACAACUCGAGCGACGAUCUCAGCCGGCACCAGGGGUCGGCGCCCAGCGCCGGCCGACAACACCUGUCGUCGUCCUCGUGCGACGACGACGACUACUUCAAGCCGCUGAAGCGGCUCAAGAUGAUGCAGCUGGAGCAGGAGCGGCUCCAGCAGCAGCACCAACAGCAGCAACAACAGCUGUUCUCGCCGCCGGCCACGGCCUUCUCGCCGUCCAUGCUGCUGGCGGCCGCGGCCGCCUCGUCCGCCGGCCGCUUCCACCACCAGCCCCCGCAGGGGGUCAAGUCCUUCUCCAUCCUCGACAUCCUGAGCCACCACCCUCGAAAACCGGCGCUCGACGCCAGCAGGAUCGUUCGGCCGUGGGAUCUUGGGUCGCCGCCGCCCUCCUCCACCUCCUCCAGCAGCCGCCUCCGGAGGCCGCAGUCGGCUGAUUCAUCCAGCUCGAUCGCCGACAGUGAGGACCUGGGUGACAGUCCGGCGGCAACCCCGUCCUCCGGCACCUCUUCUGGUCAUCACCACUCCUCGCAGCAGCGCCGAACGACAUCCGGCGGUGCCGCCGGCAAGAACAACAACAACUCGCCGCUCGACGCCCUCUUCCAGAUGACCAGCAAGACCUUUGAUGGCUUCAAUGGCAGCGGUGAAGGCGAUGGCAGCUCGAGUCACCUUAACCUGUUCAACUCGCGGCAGCAGCCGAAGAAGAAGCGCAAGUCGCGGACAGCGUUCACCAACCACCAAAUCUUCGAGCUGGAGAAGCGGUUUCUGUACCAGAAGUACCUAUCACCGGCAGACCGCGACGAGAUUGCGGCCCAGCUCGGCCUGAGCAACGCGCAGGUGAUCACGUGGUUCCAGAACCGGCGGGCAAAGCUGAAGCGCGACAUGGAGGAGCUGAAGAAGGACGUCGAGUCGGCCAAGAUCCUGACGGCGCACAAGUCCUUCCUCGAGAACGUGCAGGACCUGGGCCUGCUCAAGAAGAAGGUGGAGGAGUGCAAAACGGCGGCGGCCGCCGCUGCCGUCAUGGCCGCCGCAGUCAAGGCCUCCGCCGAGAAGUGAGCGCCGCUCACGCUCCCUCGAUUCUCGCGCGCAUCGUGCAGUGCGGUGCCCCCGAUAGACACUUUUGUUGUUGUUAUUGCGGACGCUUUUCCCCAGUGCCGGACUGAAUUUUAAUUUAUUUUCGUCGUGAAAAAAGGCCACACGCGCUUCUGUUCCUCUAAAUGUGAACUAAUUUUUAAACACAUUUGAAAAUUCUUAAGCAAAAAUAAUUUUGACUUGCGCAUGUGAAACGUCACUUUAAAUUUUUUUAAUUCCUUUUUACAUUAAAUUCAUUCAAAGAUACACAGUUAUUUCAAGUAUUGAUUAUUGGAAAGCUACAACCGUAAACCUUAAAUAUAUGCGAAUGUGUACAAAAUUAAAAUUUACUUCAACUCCGCUUGAGCAUUUAAAAUUUUGACUAAAUAAAGAAAAUCGGUAAAAUACAGUCACAUUUUAAUUUUGGUAAUUUUUUAUCUAUGAUUUAAAUUGAAAUUGAUUGAAAACAAGCAUUUAAAAAAACUGUUAGGCCUGGAAGACAAAAAAAGUAUAUUAUGCGCCUAAUAUUUAUUUCGUGCAGUAGCAAUUUUAAACAAUAUUUUUAUACCUGACUCAUACUAUACUAAUUCCGACGUUAAUUUUUUUAUUUCUCCUAAGUGCCAUUGAACAACUGAAUCCUUUGAAAUUCCCGUUUCACUCAGUCGCAUAAAUUGCAUGUAAAAUUAUCAUUUAAUUAUACUUCAAAAGUAAAAUUCCACACUCAAGAGGAAACAGUUGUUGUUGCUGUGUGCUUUUUAUUGUAUGCAUGAGUGAGACUGCUGCUGGAUUUGCACGGGCACAAAACUUAAUACUGAAUGAAAAAAAUAAAUAAGAAGAAACGCUGCGUGGCCGUCAAAGAUGCGAUAUUACACUGUAAAAUGCGAGUUUGUGGAUUUGUGGUAGAGUUGUAAAAAGAAAUUUUCUGUCACUGCUCGCUGAAAACGUUUCCUAUUACAAUUAUUAAUGGUUAAAAAAACAGCUCGAUGUGUCUAUGAAUAAGAAACUUAAACAGUAAUAUGUGCUUCAUGAUGAUGCAAAAACUCGUCUCUUUCUGUGUAAAAUAUGCGCGUUGUACAUUACCGAGAUUAUAACUGUGAAGGUGCGAGCAUAUUUAAUUGAAUAUUAUAUAUGAAUGUAUGUCUCGUCUCUCUGAAUAGCUGUAUCACAAAAUGCUAAAUUAUACAAAAAAUCUAUACAUAAAAUGCGAUAUAUAAUUUCAAGUGUACAGUGAAUAUUGAAAUGCGAAAAUAUAGAUGUUACACCAAAUUAUUGGUCAAAAAGUA